ACGCAAUUCACUACUGGUCCGAUUCAAGGAGCACGUGGACUAGUUAAACGGUUGCAUAUGAUAUAUAUAAACGAGAGAGAAAGCGCUCAGAAAACAAGAAUAAGAAGCUGAAUCUACAUAGAUACGAACGCGACCUCUUGUUACUGACGUUGUUUCUUUGAACAUUAAGUUAAUUAAACGCGAGGAGGACGCGUUUCUACAGCAAUAACGCGUAUUUAGGAUAAGCUGAGACAUAUACACACCCCAGUCUGCAACAAAACAUUCAUGUAUCUCAUAGUGUUGCUUGUGCUGCUUACCGCCACUUUCAUCAACGUUUACGCUGAUGACUACGACGUCGUUUUAUUCCCAGAUUCGGUUGAAAUAUCCGGAAAUCCAUUAACAUCAAACGAUUUAACGAUUCCAGAAUCUUUACUCAUCAGAAUGAGCAGUGUUAAGAAUUUCACUCAAUUCAUGAAUGACUUUUUGACGAACGUUCCUUACAUCUAUGGAAGACAUGGACACAGCAACACGCCAACUCCACCCGCAGUCUGCGAACCACACCCUGAGAUAGUUGAGCUUCCCAAGUCUUUUGACCCGUUGCUGGUGACCUGGCCUCGGUGCAUAAGACUUAAAAGAUGUAGUGGCUGUUCUACAAGCUCCUUACUCACCUGUGUUCCGACGAAGAUUAAGACGGUUUCAAUAACGGUACUGAAGGCCAAAUAUUCUGAAUCAGGAAGUGAAAAGUUUGAUUUCCAGAGUCACGAAACAGUUAAGCUCGAGGAGCAUGAAAAGUGUUCGUUUCAAUGUAAGGAGAAAGCUUCAGACUGUUCGAGCCAACAGAUUUAUAAGGAAGACGAAUGCCGUUGCGUUUGUAAAAAUCAACAUAGAUCUGGCAGCUGUCAUAAGGACCAAAUCUGGGACUCCGAGGUCUGCGAGUGUAAAUGUAAGAACUAUUCUAAGUGUUCAACAGGGCUCUAUUUUAACACACGGACUUGCAGAUGUGACACUGUCAGUUUACUAUGGAGUUUUUAACCCUAGCCAGACGUCGCUUUGGAGUCCAGUGAGACUUUUUGAUUUGAAGUAAAACUACCUGGUUUUACAAACUCCUUACAUAGUUAAUAAACAUACAGUGUAUUUACUAGUUUUAUACAUAUUUUACUAUUAAUUAUGACCAAUGCUGUUUAUGUUCAAUAUCAGUCUAGAAUACUUGCUACAAGGAACUGUUUCACAAAACGUGAGUUUCAAUAAAUUAUUAUAAUCUUUUCAGUCACCAAAUGUUGUUCUUUGUUAUUUU